AUGGCAACGGUUGAGCGCCCUGUCUGGGAUGAUGUCGACGAUUCUAUGAUUGAUGAGGUGAUGCGGAUGUCUACGGAUGAACUUGUUGUGCAUACUCGCUUGCUAAAUGGCGAAAUCCGCAUAAUGAAGUCUGAGUUGCAUAGAGUCGAUCACGAAAUAAAAAUGAAGCAGUCUAAGGUCAAGGAUAGUAAAAGUAAGAUCAAGAUGAACAAAGCUCUUCCUUACCUUGUUGCAACAGUCGUUGAGCUCCUUGACGUAGAACCUGAAGAUGAAGAAGAAGACGGCGCGAACGUUGACUUGGAUUCACAGAGGAAGGGGAAAUGUGCUGUAGUUAAAACAAGCACUCGCCAGACUUAUUUCCUACCCGUUAUCGGUUUGGUUCCUCACGAAGAACUCAAGCCUGGUGAUCUCGUUGGAGUCAAUAAGGAUUCAUACCUUAUCCUGGAAAAACUUCCAGCAGAAUUUGACUCUCGAGUUAAGGCAAUGGAAGUUGACGACAGGCCUACUGAGCGUUAUGGCGACAUCGGUGGUCUCGAUAAACAAAUCCAGGAGUUGAUUGAGGCCGUUGUCCUUCCAAUGACUCAUAAGGACAGAUUUGAGGUUAUAGGCAUUCAGCCUCCCAAGGGUGUGCUUUUGUAUGGACCACCUGGAACUGGCAAAACCCUCCUUGCACGUGCCUGUGCUGCCCAAACUAAGUCCACCUUCUUGAAGCUUGCUGCACCCCAGCUUGUCCAAAUGUUUAUUGGUGAUGGCGCUAAACUCGUUCGUGACGCCUUCCAACUGGCAAAAGAGAAGGCCCCAGCCAUCAUUUUUAUCGAUGAGUUAGAUGCUAUUGGCACGAAGCGUUUUGAUAGUGAGAAGGCUGGUGAUCGUGAAGUUCAGCGGACCAUGUUAGAGUUGCUGAACCAACUUGACGGCUUCCAGCCCAAUCACGAUAUCAAGGUCAUUGCAGCCACGAACCGUGUGGACAUCCUCGACCCCGCCCUCCUUCGUAGCGGUCGACUCGAUCGCAAGAUCGAAUUCCCCGCUCCCAACGAGGAGGCUCGCUCUCGCAUCAUGCAGAUCCACUCGCGGAAGAUGAAUGUCCACGAGGAUGUGAAUUUCGAAGAACUUGCACGCUGUACAGAUGACUUCAAUGGUGCUCAGUGCAAAGCGGUUUGUGUUGAGGCUGGCAUGAUCGCUCUGCGAAGAAACGCCGAUCAGGUAGUGCACGAGGACUACAUGGACGCCAUCCUCGAGGUGCAGUCGAAGAAGAAGACAAAUUUGAACUACUACGCCUAG